CGUUUUCAGUCUGUCCCAAGUCUCCGUUCGAGAUUGUUGUUGCCCAAACUCUCUCUCUCCAACAACCAAAAUAUUUUUGUCGGUUUUAUUUUUUGAAAAGUUUUUGAACAUUUUUAUAUUCGACUGGUGUGAAUUAUUUGUCCAAGUUUCGCGGUGGAUUUUUAAAUUUUUGAAAUAAUUUUGGGUUUGGUGAAAUUUUGUUUCAUUUCGCCGAGUUUGUCGUCUGCAGCGCCACGCUGUCGUCUGCGGACAUUUUUGCAUUGCGCAGGACGAGUUUGUUUGCUGCUCACGACUCCCGCGUGCGUUUAUUUUUUUCCAACUUUUUUUGGCCAAUCGAGGACUUUCUCUCCCACGAGUGUUUGUGUGUGUGUUGUGUGUGUGUGUUUUUAUUCUUCUUCUUUCUGACGGAUAAUUUGCAUAACUUGUGUGUGUGUCGUCUGCUUUCGCUAACCAACCGGAUUUUGGGUUCCCAAGUUGAAAUUGACUUAAGUGGAAAUUUUAUUUUGAAGGAUAGAUAAAACAAAAGACAAACAAACGAGAGAGAGAGAGAUAACUUUUAAGAGUUAUCUCCCAAACAACUAUUUCCUACUUCCUCAUCCGGGAACAACACGCCACACAUAUUUAAAUUGGAAAACCCCAAAAACAAAUUUUCCCGAAACAAAAAUGAAUUCCGAACUGGUGGCUUCGUCGGCUCAUCCGCUCCAGCCGCAGCACCACCAUCUCCACCUGCACCACCACCAACAGCAUCAACAACAACAUCAACAGCAUCAACAACAGAUCCAGCAGCAUCAGCCGCAACAACAACAACAACAACAGGGCGGCCUUCAGCAGAUCCAUCCGGACUAUAGCGGAGCUCAUCGAUACAACAUGGCCGAUCAGUUUCAACCGCAUACGCCGAGUUUCGGUGACGACGAGUUUGAUAUCGGAUCCAUCGGUCUGAUGGGCGGAGUGCCCAUUGCCGAGCAGCAGCAUCAUUUGCAUCCGCAUCAGCAGCACCAGCAGCAACAACAGCCGCAACAACAGCAGCAGGGCAUGUACCAUGGGAACCCUGCGGCGGGUGCCGACAUGUCGUCACAUUAUCCGCUUUACAAUCCGCAUUCCAUGUCGGAUGGAGGAGGCUACACGCUGCAGACGCUGGGCUCGCCGCCCGGCAACAAUCCAAUGGCUUCCGUCAACAGGUACUCGCCCCAGCAACAACAACAACAGCAACAGAUUCCGCAACAACAGCAGCAGCAGCAAGUCGGGCGGAUCACGGUCGAGUGCCGGCCACUUCAGACGGAAGCGGAAAUGCACAGGAUCUCUGCCACGACCAUGGCGCCGCCCAACUGGACGGGUCCGGCCCUCAUGCCCGGAGUCAAUACUUCGCCGCUGGGCUCUAACGUGUCGGCCACUCCGCCCAGCGGCGACACUAGCGAGGAAAGUGGCGACGAUUGCCAUUCCAUCGCCCAGAUCAAUGCCAAUAAGCGCCCAUCUCCGGAGCCCAUCGAGACGAAUCCGGCCCGUCCAGUGGGCGGAGGCGGCCAGGCGGCGGCCAAGAAAGCCAAAGUCACUCAGCAAAAGAAGAAGAAAAGGAGGGAUCCGCACGAGCCACAAAAGCCCGUCUCUGCGUACGCUCUUUUCUUCCGGGACACCCAGGCCGCCAUCAAAGGUCAAAAUCCCAACGCUUCGUUCGGUGAAGUGUCAAAGAUUGUCGCUUCCAUGUGGGACGCCCUGGACGCCGAUUCCAAGAACGUGUACAAAAAGAAGACGGAAGCUGCCAAGAAGGAAUACUUGAAAGCUCUGGCCGCUUACAGGGCCAGCGUCGUCUCCAAGGAGGGCAACAACGGGCCGGGCAACAACGAAAGCGUUCCCAUGUUCCAGCCUGGCAACAAUGCCCCGGCUGCUGCCCAGCAACAGCAGCAACAACAGCAACAACAACAACAACAGCAGCAGAACGUGUCGACGCAGAAUUUUGCCAAUUACCAGAGCAAUUACAACAUGCCACCUCAGCAGCAACAACAACAGCAACAACAGCCGCAAUACACGGCGACGAUGGCCGUGACGUCGGCGCCGAUGCCCCAACAACCCGCGUCGCCCAUGUCGAAGAAACCGUCGCCUCUCUUGAAUUCCUUGAUGGUCGACCAGCAACAACAACAACUACACCUUCACCAGCAGCAACAACAACAGAUUCAACACCAACAACACCAGCAGCAGCAGCAACAACAGCAGAACAUGAUGAAUUAUCCGAUGCAGAACAAUCGCCCGGCCUACAUGAAUCAACAGCCGCAAAUGAUCCAGACGGGUCCAGCACCUCACCAAGUCCAGCAGACUGGCAUGAAUUAUUCACCUCACAUUAUGCAACAACAGCAGCAACAACCACCUCCUCAGCAGCAGCAGCAACAACAACCGCAAUCUCAGCAGCAGCAGCAGCAACAACAACAAACGCAGAGGGUGCAACAACAUUUGAGCCAGGUGACGACCACGGGCAAACCCGUUCCGGGCACCAACGUUCAUCCGCACUGCAUCCGCUCCGGAUGCCCCAACGCAGCCAUUUCCAGUCCAGACUGGGAAAACGAGUACUGCAGUAACGAGUGCGUCGUCAGCCAUUGCAGAGACGUCUUCUCUGCAUGGGUCGCUUCCGGUCAAGGUGCCCCACCCGGUUACCCGCCACCGGUCAAGUAAAAAAUUUCGAAAAUUUAAAUGGCAAAUCAUCUCUCUUACAUCAUCAUCAUCAUCUUUAAAGGCUAUGGAACGUAAGAAAACAGUAAAGCAUCAAACACACUCGAGGAAAAGAAAGAAUGAAAAAUAGGAAAAAUCAUUACACAAUUUUUCUGAGAAAUACUUGAAAACAAAGUAAUAAAACAAAAUUAGUAAUGGGAUGACGCAAGCGAAGCAGCAAUGUUAACAUAAAGAAAUGAAAUCAACUUUUUUUUUCUGUUUUCCUCUUUAAUUUUUUAAAAAUGAAAAAAAAUUCCUUUUUGCCAACCGUUGAUUGUAUAAUUUCCCGCUCCAUGUAAUAAUAAUAAUAAGAAUUAAUAAGAAUUAAUUAAUAAUGAUCAUAAUAAAAAUAAUGGAAAAAAAAAAGAAAAACAGCAACAACACAUACACACACACACACACAUGACAACACACACACACACGUUGAUGUUACUAAAGUUCAAUUUGUGCCACUGUUCAAAAAAUUUCAAAUUAAACAAAAAUUACAACAAAAAAAAGAAUUUUUAAAAAAUUAUCCCUUAUUGCCCGGCUCCCGUUGUGUGUGUACACGGAGGGUAUAUAGGUGGGUGUGUGUCGUCGUGGACUCGUGUAAUUUUUUGUCCACCCCAAUUUUUUUUUUAUAAUAUAAAAAGAAUUAAAAGAAAUUC